GUUCUCGCGAGAACAGCGCGCCCGAGCAGCCGCCAUAUUCUGAGCUGUAUUUUGGUUCGUGUCUGAGGAAAAAGAGAAAAGUUCGGGGCGGAUUGAGGGGAGGGGGCCGAACCCAGGAGCUGUCACCGAGCUGGUCCCGAGUUCUGUCACACACCGGCGGCCGAAGCUGGCCUUCACUGUCCCUGCAGCCGUUCGAGGACACCAAGGCCCCGGGCCCUCAGUGCGGUUCUUCUCAUUGCUAGCAGCUGGACCCCCUCUGGCUUCCCUUCCUUGGCUCCGCGGCCCUCCGGAGCUCGGGUGGCGGUGUCGGGUGUUGAAGGCGGCCCGGACAGCGGCGGCGGUGGCGGCGGAAACUGGAAGCUCAGAAGAUGUUUAAGAUGAAGUUGGUGUUCUGCCGGAACUGACGCUCCGCUGCGCUGAACAAAAAUAAACCGCUCGGUUCUGAGCUGGCAACAGACGAAUGGCCCAGGGAAGCCACCAGAUUGACAUUCAGGUUUUGCAUGACCUGCGGCAAAAGUUCCCUGAAGUCCCUGAAGGUGUCGUCUCCCAGUGUGUUCUGCAGAACAACAACAAUUUGGAUGCGUGCUGCGAGUACCUGUCCCAGGUCAGUCCCGGUUACCUGUACAACGAGGAAGGGAAUCUCAGGUUUCCAGAGGACGCCGUCUUGACCAGGCUCCCUAAUCACAUGACCCAGCUGAGCCUGGGCUUUCAGACUCACAAUGUGCAGGUGCCCCCGGUUCGGGACGGCCCAAGAAUGAACGGCAGCCGGGCUUUGGCUCACAGCAUGAGCGAAGGGCCCCUCCACAGAGGCCAGGCCCCCAGCAGCGACUUCUUCCCACAGGAACCUCAGUCAGCCCCGGUGCAGGUCCACCCCUCCCUCAAUGUGUUCAGCGUGAUGGAGCCGUCGCGGAAACCCCAACCCCCUCAGCACCUUGGACUCUACCCCUCUGGACCGAAAGGGGCAAUUGGCGGUCAACACAUGCCACGCUUCAAUCCCAUCACCGUGACUCUGGGCCCCAACCUCCAGACAGGCCGCAACACCCCCACCUCUUUGCACAUACAUGGCACACCACCGUCGGUCCUGGGGAGCCCGCAGGGGAACUCCAUAUACAUCCGGCCCGUCAACCAGCCCGGUGGGAUAUACGUCAGCCAGCCUGGUGGGAUCCGGCAGAGCCAGCAACAAGGGGGGCGGGCUCAGUACAGCCCCACCUCUCAACCCCAGCAGCAGAUCUACCAGAUCUCCCACCCCCCCUCACUCUCCAGCUCGUGGUCUGUUCCUCAGCCCUCCUCCUCUCAUACCUCACAGACCUCCCAUGUCUAUAUGCCCAUCAGCUCCCCCACCAACCCCCAAGCGCCCUCCAACUUCCCCUCUGGAAGCCAGUCCUCCUCCUCUGGCGUCUCCUCAUGCUCCCCCUCCCCCUCCUCUAGCCAUUACAACAUCCAGAACAUCUCCACUGGGCCGCGCAAGAACCAGAUUGAGAUCAAACUGGAGUCUCCUCAGAGGAACAGCUCCACCACCGUUCUGCGGACCACCAGUGGGCCCCGCUCCUCCUCUGCUUCUUCCUCCUGCCCCUCGUCUUCUUCAUCUUCAGCUGGGAUGCCCUCUGUCCCCACCACUCCUCUGUCCAUAGGAGGCCCGGGCCUGAGCCGCAGUCAGCCCACAGUGUACAUUUCUCCUAGCCCCCCAAACACAGCCGCCGCACCCCCUGAUGACGCCAUCGUGACAUCAGCAGGCUCUCGCUCCCAGCAAAUAUACACCUACGAAGGGGGGUCAAGGAACACCCCCACAGUUUACAUCUCUGCAAACUCUUCUAUGAUGAACCAGGGGGUUCAUGUUGGGGGCCAGGUGAGCAUGGGCCCUGCCUACAUUCACCACCACCCACCCAAGACCCGUGCUUCUGUGGGAAGUGGGGGCACUGCUUCCUCCCCCCGCGUCGUGGUGACCCAGCCCAACACCAAGUACACUUUCAAAAUAACAGUGUCUCCCAACAAGCCCCCAGCCGUGUCCCCUGGAGUGGUGUCCCCCACUAUAGUGCCCAACAACCUGCUGAGCCUCUCAUCAGAACACCUCCUGGAGCCCGACCCCCAGCAUCAGUCGGACCCACUAUCACCGCACCAGGACGAACCACGGCGACUCAGCAUGGGCUCUGAUGAUGCCGCCUACACACAAGCCUUGUUGGUCCACCAGAAAGCUCGAAUGGACAGAUUGUGGCACGAGUUAGAGGUGAAGAAGAAAAAGUUGGAGAAGCUAAAAGAAGAGGUGAACGACAUGGAGAACGACCUGACCAGAAGGCGGCUGGAGAGGUCAAACUCCGCCUCCCAGAUUCCCUCAUUUGAGGAAAUGAAGCAACUGCGAUGCAAAAACCGCUCUCUGCAAAUCGACAUCGACUGCCUGAGCAAGGAGAUCGAUCUGCUGCAGACGAACGGACCACACCUGAACCCCGGUGUGAUUCAAAACUUCUACGACAACAUUGGGUUUAUCUGUCCCAUCUCCCCCAAACCCAAAGGUACCAUAUCAGCAGACUCAGGAGGGAAGCACACGAAGCCCGUGCCCGACCAGGAGGAGGACGAAGGCUCGCAGUGGAGCUGCACGGCCUGCACCUUCCUCAACCACCCCGCCCUCAACCGCUGCGAACAGUGCGAGUUUCAGCGGCACUUCUGAGCCAUCCGCCCGCCAGUCUCCGCCCCGCAGACGUUGGGUCCGUCAGUCGGAGCGUUUGUCGUUUCUGGGCGGCUGGUUCUUCUUCCUGUUUCUCUUAGGUAUGUGGAGCGACAUGCGUGAAGCCGGCCGGGAUCGUGUUUACACUCCGAACCCUCGGAUCGUACCUCACCGGACUCGCUGCCCCUCCCCCCUGCAGCGGGCGACCGUGGACCUCACCGCUCCCUCUAACAGUAUUACAGCGUGUGACUCGUGCGCCUGGCUCAGCGGCGACGCUGCGCCGACCACCGAUCUUUGAGCUCCUCUGUAACCCGGUGGGGAGGGGUCUGGAACUGAAGGGAAAACUAUCGGACUUGAACGUUCAUUUGCUGAUCUGGAAAGGGGCUCAGAUGGGCGUGCCCCCACCCCCUGCUCGUUGGAACUUGGUGGCGCAGGGGUCGGGCGUCCAGCGGCUCCUGGAAACUCUCUGUACAUACCUUUAGUGCCUUGAAGCCGUCUUCCUCUCACUUUGAAUCACCUGUAAGUAUAGUUUGAUAGAUCUUAAUAACUUUUUCUUUUCUGCCAGACGAUUACCCCCCCCCCCCCCCCCCCCCCCAAGACUUUUAUUUGGUGAGAAUCAAGUGGCGUUGGAUCUUAGCUGCCAUCAUGAAGCUACAUAAGCCACCACCUCUCUGUUUUCUCCGUACAACCUGCAAACAGACAAAUCUUUUUUUAUUUUGCUGCAUUUGGGGGAUUUGUAUUUUUUGGGGGGGGCAAAUGCAGAUUUACAAACUGCCAUCUUAUCUGACAACUGGAAUGUAGGAUUGAUGUUGGGAGACUCCUGGUUUCCUUCCAGCAGAUAGAUCCUGAGUCAGCAGAUGGGUUUCAGGUUUUUUCCCACCAGAUUCAAACUGCAGCACUCCACAGGUCAAACGUGAACGGGAUUCUGGGUAAAUGUGCCUUUGUGAUUAAAUAUGAAGCUCAAGUUGUUGCAAAAAAGGAAAAAAAAAAGAAAAAAAAGCCAAAGAUGUCCUCAGCUUUAAGCACAACACGACAGUCCACUGUGUCUUUAAUGCGGUUCCUUCAUCCUUCUAACGUGAGGAUGAAGAGUAAAGUUGUUCCACUUCCUGCUGCCUUUAGACUGAGGUUGACAAUCUAUUCUGUUAAGUCCAAGUGCCUUCAAAGCCAAACCUCCAGCUCCGUGUGAAGCCUUCAAAAGCAGAAGAUGGAUUCACGUCUGAAGCACUUAGUUUUUCCUCUUCACCCAAAGAACCAGUUCAGCUGCAUCUGCACCCCGGUGUGAACGGGCAGAUCAUGUUUGAUGAAAUGGAGAAAUAAAAAUAAUUUUUUUUUUUUUAUUUUAGCUGGGAAAACUGUCUUUGUAACAGAUAAGUUAUUUGUAAAAAAUAAAAAAAAAGGAAACAAA